CGUAGAAACAUUUUGAUUCAUCUUCUAAACGCCUGUUAAUGACGCGAUUUUAGCGUUAGCAUAAUAUUAACAUAAAAUGUGUCGUGUAUACGUUUAUUUCUAUCAGACGAUUGAGAGAAAAGCGGAGCACGGUUGAGAGUGCAUCUUCAACCAGUUACCAUCAGGAUUUUCCUUCCUUAUAUGUACAUUAGACUGAGUUUCCUUGCCACAGAAUACAGUCCGCUUAUCUGCGAAUCGAGUGAAGUGUGAACCCUUCCUGGAGUGUGAAUCGUCUCAACUGUGUGUAACGGAAAAGUUGGACUGGCGAGCCGCCCGUUAAUCGGACCCUUUGAACAAUCCUGUUGAAAGAACAUCAAGGUUGAACAUACUCGUCUUUGAAUGACUGAUUGUACAUUUAUUCUGUUUAAUUUGUAAAGGUUGCUUAUUUUCUUUUUAUUUUUGUUUUGCUCAUUGUUAAAAUACAAAUUUCCUUCAAUUCUUACCUUAAAUCUUGUGUCUGUGUGUUCACUGCUGUUGCAAAUUCUCUCUCUUAGGACGAAUCUACACUUCUGAAAUUACUGGUCCAUUGAUAAAGUUAUACAAAAUUUGGGUGUCACGGGUUACAGACAAAAAGUGGCGAGCCAGCCAGGAGAGAGAUUGCAACAAUAGUGACUGAUUAUAGCAGCUGAGUUCACUAGAAAGAUAACGUGUUGGGCAGCAUUUUAACAUCAUGGAUAUCAUAAAGACAGAGAAGGUAAACAUUGCAAACGCAGUAAUUGUUGGUGGUUUAACGCUGACUGAGUCAGACGCAGAAUUAGAGUCAUUUCUGCUGAGAUAUGGCAGCAUUAGUCGAAAUCUUCUCAUUGAUGACCCAGACUGUGAGUUUCAUCGUCAUGCUAUCAUAGAGUUUACCUAUAACUCUGCAAUGAAAACACUGAUGCCCCUUUUGCCCCUAUCAGUGGUUAGUAUGUCAAACCCCAGUAUCACUUUUGUUGUGCGUGCUUUAAGCUGCAUUUACCCUCAAGUUGCUAGUGACAGUGCUAAGGGGUAUCUAGAAGAAUUGCAAAACAUGGCUAGUAUUAGUGGAAAAUCGAUAGAGGAAAUACUCCAGACAGAAUUACUGAAGAUAAAAUUCGGCCCUUCUCUCGCUGAACCAUCAACUCUUCUAAGUGAAACACCUCAGUGCCCAAACACAGCAGAUUCACACAUGCGUGACAGCAGCACAGUUGGCUCACCAGGUGGACCGUUUUCCCCAUCCGUAUCACACAGUGUGACCACUGAACAAAUAGCUGCUUUUUCAUCAGGAAACUUGCCAUCACACAAUGUUGAAUCCACGAACACACAAAACCUGUCCAAGGAAAAGCCUAGCCCUGGUACUUCCAACCCCACAGUCACUUUGUCAUCCCAUUCACCACUUACCAUGGAGUUAAUUGAUCCUCCCAGCAUACAAAAGGUAGUGGUAGAGCACAUUGUCCGGACCAAUGACACUGCUCCCUUACAUCACACCCAUUUCCGUCUCAGGUCCUUCUCCGGAAAAGUCCCGCGACCUGUUAACGAACCUGACUUUGACACCUGGCGUGCAAGUGUCGAUCUUCUACUGACAGAUCCUUCUAUUUCUGACCUACACAGGACAAGGAAAAUUCUUGAUAGCCUGCUUCCCCCAGCAGCGGAUAUCGUUAAACAUGUCUCACCUAACAGCCUACCUGCAGUAUAUCUGGAGUUGUUGGAGUCUGUAUAUGGCUCUGUAGAAGAUGGAGACGAGUUACUAGCCAGGUUCAUGAGCACUCUCCAAAACAAUGGUGAGAAGCCCUCAACUUACCUGCACAGAUUGCAGAUUCUCUUGAGUACAUCUAUUCGACGAGGUGGAAUAUCUGAAAGUGAGAGAGACCGCUGUCUGCUUAAGCAGUUCUGUCGCGGGUGUUGGGACGCUGCCCUCAUUGCUGAUCUCCAGCUAGAAAGGAGAAAAGUCAAUCCUCCCUCAUUUGCAGAAUUAGUAGUCCUUAUCCGCACAGAAGAAGAUAAGAAUGCUUCCAAGGAAGAGAGAAUGAGGAAACAUCUAGGGCUAAACAAACACUGUCUUGCCCCUUCAAAAUUUAGACUGUCAAAUCACCAGAUAGCUGCACAUCCAUGUGACAUGCAAGAUGACCAAGCUGACACAUCUCUCACAAAGCAAGUCUGUGAACUCCAAGCUCAAGUUUUUGCCCUGCAAAAACAUUCAUGCCAGAAGGAUAAGGCUAAAAAUGCCAAACCAGAUGAGGUGAGUGCACUGAGAAAACUGGUCACUGAGUUACAGGGCCAGAUUACAGCCAUGCAAACUGCAGCCACUUCAAAAAUUAAGAGUGAUGGGAAGUAA